AUGUCCUUCGCAAUCUCCAGCAACGACGUCCGCAUCGAGGAGCGUGACGGCCACACCUAUCUCAUUGCCAGUUCCAGAGAUGAGGACGGUAACUACAACCACACAGAGUUGAACUUGGACGAGUGUCUCGGCAACAACGAAGGUUCCUUCAACUGGAGCGGCGAAGGCUUCACCGGGUCGGCGGAGAACAUCCACUUGUCCAUCGAGGGCCCAGAGCAGCUCCCUAUCCUCAGAGCCCAUCUGAGGGAUAGCGAGGGAAACACCCACGAUAGGGACGUCAACCUUUCGGAGCGUAUCGUCAACGACAACGGCUGCUUGGUCUUCCAGUAG